AUGCUUGUCUUCAUGGAAAGUCCCGCAACAGGACCACGAUGCCUCAGCCAUCAGUCGCAGCUCCUCAACAAGCCUCCCGUCCUAAUCUCCCAGGAAGCUGCUGGGCUGAGCAGACUAAAGAGUCAGAGUCACCUCCUCCACAUUACCGUCACCUCCGACUAUGACAUGGAUACUGACCGCCACACGUACCGAGGUGUCUCGCCUCCAGCGACCUCUGCUGAUGCCGGAAUUGACACGGACGAGGAAGAUGGUGGGCAAGGCUAA